CUGGCUGGCCCGCACGGACCCGCGGGAUGUGGCGCGGGUGGAGGCGCGCACGGUGCUGGUGACGGCGCGGCCGGAGGACGCCAUCCCGCUGUCCUCCCCGCCAGCAGGGGGCGCUGUGGCGCACAGCCUGCUGGGCAACUGGAUGAGCCCGGAGGAGCUGCAGCGCGCCGUCGACGACCGCUUCCCGGGCUGCAUGGAAGGCCGCACCAUGUACGUGAUCCCGUUCCUCAUGGGCCCCCCCGGCUCCCUGCUGGCCCGCGCUGGGCUGCAGCUCACAGACUCCGCCUACGUGGCCGCCUCCAUGCGCAUCAUGACCCGCGUCGGGGCCCGCUUCCUGCCCUCGGCCCCAGCACCCGCACCCGCAGCCUCCUCGGCCAAUGACUUCGUGCGCUGCCUGCACUCCGUGGGCCGGCCCCGCGAUGGCUCAUUCCCAGUGCCCUCCUGGCCCUGUGACCCCCCCCGCACCCUCAUAGCCCACGACCCCCAGCACCGGCGCAUCCUCUCCUAUGGCAGCGGCUAUGGGGGCAACAGCCUCCUGGGCAAGAAGAGCCUGGCCCUGCGGCUGGCCAGCGCCAUGGCACGGCAGGAGGGCUGGAUGGCAGAGCACAUGCUGAUCGUGGGCUUCCAGGACCCCCGUGGCCGCAAGCGGUACCUGGCGGGCGCCUUCCCCAGUGCCUGCGGCAAAACCAACCUGGCCAUGAUGCGGGCGGCCCUGCCCGGCUGUCACGUGACCUGCGUGGGCGAUGACAUCGCCUGGAUGCGCUUCGACGACCAAGGCCGCCUCCGCGCCAUCAACCCCGAGUGCGGCUUCUUCGGGGUGGCCCCGGGCACGUCGGAGGCCACCAACCCGGUGGCCAUGGCCACCAUCCGCCGGGACACCAUCUUCACCAACGUGGGGCUCACCAGCACCGGCGAUGUCUAUUGGGAGGGCAUUGGCCAAUCCCUGCCGCCCGGCACCACCCUCACCUCCUGGCGCGGCCAACCGUGGCAGCCCGGUGACCCCGAGCCUUGUGCCCACCCCAACGCCCGUUUCUGUGCCCCGGCCUCCAACUGCCCCAGCCUGGACCCGGCCUGGGAGGACCCCGAGGGCGUCCCCAUCGACGCCAUCAUCUUCGGGGGGCGGCGCCCUGAGGGUGUCCCAUUGGUGUUCGAGGCCUUCAGCUGGGAGCACGGCGUCUUCCUGGGCAGCGCCAUGAGGAGCGAGGCCACUGCUGCUGCGGAGCACAAGGGCCGCCAGCUGCUCCACGACCCCUUGGCCAUGCGCCCCUUCUUCGGCUACAACGCAGGCCAACACCUCCAGCACUGGUUGGACCUCGCCUCCCGCCCGGGCGCCCGCCCUCCCCGCAUCUUCCACGUCAAUUGGUUCCUCCGCGACCAAUCAGGAGCCUUCUUAUGGCCGGGCUUCGGGCACAACGCCCGCGUGCUGGCCUGGAUCUGCGCCCGCAUUGGUGGCGAGGCCGGCGCCGUGGCCACCCCCAUUGGGCUCAUCCCGGAGGAAGGGGCCCUGGAAGGGGUGGAGGGGGGGCGGCACCGGGAGCUCUUCCCCAUGGAUCGGCGCUUCUGGGAGCGGGAAUGCCGGGAGCUCCGGGACUUCUAUGGGGAGCACUGGGGGAGGCACCUGCCCCGCGAGGUGAUGGCGCAGCUGGAGGCGCUGGAGGGCAGGGUGCGCAAGAUGUAG